AUGAAGUUCUCUAUCAUCGCAAUCGCCGCCGCGGCCGCCCCUGGAGCUAUGGCCGACUUCUGGAUCAGCUAUAUGUCUAGAGAAGUGCCAGGUGUGCCAUCCGUCGUCGGCGGCAACAACCACGGUGCUAUAUUCCACAAGGAACCCGAGAUCAGCUGUGAUCAACACAAGAAAUCGAUGAUUUACUCUGACACCGACGACGUGAGCGGCAAACACGUCGGCAUGCGCACCGUCCCUGGUAACAGGGUCGCCUCGCCCUACUUCAGAGACCCCCUUGAUAUCGUCGAGUUUAACACCGGCGCAGGGAAGCCCGGCCAUCACACCAUCUACAAGGAUCGCGGAUUCGCCAUGUUCGACGUGGACGGGAGGCAGACUGGCCAAUGCUACGAGAAUAGAUCGAAGGUUUUCUAUCUGAGGUGCCCUGAUGGUGGUAACUUCGUUAAUCUGGAGGGAUCUUCGAUGUUUUUCUGCGAGUCUGAACUCAAUGUUACGUACAAUUAG